CGUGAUCAUAAUCCAAUAUGGCGGCAGUUCUGCAAAGAAUCGAAAAACAUGGCAUUCCAUCGAUCACAAGCUUUUUACGUGUCCAGUGCAUGGCAAGAAUUGCAAGGAGAGUAAUAGAGAAGAACAGUUUCAAACAGAAUACGACACGAAAGAAUUCGUCGAGACAGGAUGGCACAAAACAGUUUCAGAAACAAAAGUCAAGCAAGAAAAUGUUAACUAAAACAACAACUCCAGCAAUAAAUACUGGCAAAGUAAAGCAAGACAGAACAGCAGCCGUAGAUAGCGACCCUGCUGCUUCUGUUUCGUCUGGUCCGAGGGAGUUCACCAUUGAAGCAACAACCAAGAACCCAGCCUUCAUUCCUGAUAAUAACAUGGACUUCAAACAGCGUGUGUCAUCCUUUGAAUCCCUUGGAUUACGUCAUGAUGUACUGAAGGCUUUGGAUGCCAUGAACAUAACACAACCUACAGUAAUACAGAUGGUUACAGUACCAAGUAUAUUACAGAGAAAACACGUGAUGAGUGCUGCACAGACAGGAUCUGGUAAAACUAUAGCAUACCUUGCACCAGUAGUCCAUCAUUUAAGAGAAGACGAAGAAAGACACGGUAUCGUAGCAAGAUUACAAAGACCCAGAGCAUGUGUGGUGGUACCAGGAAGAGAACUAGCGAUACAGGUCCUGAAAGUAGCCAAGUCAUUCUGCCAUCAUGCCCGGUUCAGGUCCAUAGGUCUUAUUGGCGGUCUUAAACAAAAAUUUGCUCGAGAAGGCCUAAAGAAACCUGUAGAUUUGAUUGUAGCGACACCUGGAACGUUACUCAAGUAUAGACAAAAAGAUCGUUUGUUCUUCUCUGACUUGGCUUAUCUUGUCAUCGACGAGGCAGACACCAUGUUUGACAGCUCGUUCAAGAGUCUUACCAUGGAGAUCCUUCAUACUGUUCAUGUGCGUGAGUCAAAGCCCCCGCCUCCUAAUCAUCUACCUAUCGCCACUCAAGUAACCAUCGUUGGAGCAACUUUACCUGAUGAUCUUAUUGUGUCUACUCUCGCAGACAUCGUACCGGGUAUCACUAAAUGUACGUCUGGACUACACAGAGUUUUACCCCACAUCCAACACAGAUUCAUUAAGAUGAACCAGAAGGAUAAGGCAGAAAAACUGGUCAAGUUGUUACAGAAGGAUUCCCGCCAAGGAUGUCGUACUAUGGUGUUUUGUAACUCAACCUCGAGCUGUGAUUGGCUUGGACAUCAUCUUCACAAGUGUGGCACGAAGUUCAUACGGUUACACGGCAAUAUACCACCACAGAUUCGUUGUGAACGCUUUGAGGAAUUCCAGAAUCAUGUCGCUGAUAUACUAAUUUGCACAGACAUCGCCUCCAGAGGACUGGAUACUAGUGACGUGACUCAUGUAAUCAACUUUGACUUCCCUAACUCAGUGGUAGACUACAUCCAUCGCGUUGGUCGUACCGGUCGCGUGACUAACGCUUCACAUCAAGUCACGUGUCGGGCAACAAGCUUCGUGACGCACAAUAGAGAUGCCCGCAUGGCACGGGCUAUAGAGAUGGCGGCCAAGAAGAGCGAGAGUCUAUCCUUGAGUGAAUCUAAAAAUCGACCUGCUGAUGGCACAAGGACUCAAGUGAUGAGGAAAAAAAAGAUGGCACUCUCCCAUGGCACCUUCAACAACUUAUACUGACGAUGGCAUGAACGCAUGCAAAAUACGGCUUUUUCCACAGCACACCGCUGUGUCUGCUGAUAACAGGUCAUGCAUGCGCAAGUUAACAACUCUCAUGUCCCUCCAACGGCACCUGUACACAGGCAGUUAGUCGAUACCCAUGAACGCAGAAUACGGCUCUUGAACAUUCUCACUUGUACAAGAACGGUUUCCUUUUAGAAGCAGAAUCGAAACACAUGUCAAUAGAGGGAGACUGGGUUUAUUUCGAGAUUAACAAAGCCAACCAUUUGAUUGGUGUAAACUAAUAAAUGGAAAAUAUCAAAGCA